AUGGCAGAACCAAUGAUAGGAGAUGUGGAACAAGGCGGAGGAGCCCUCGAGGCUGCCGGAGUGCACUUGCCACCCGAACCCGAAAUGAAGGGUGGCCUUCUCAAGCCAGUUCCGGAGACUACUUUUGUAGAACGCAUAUUCAUGGGAAUUGCCGCAAUUGCCAUUGCCACUGCCUUGGCUGCCAUGGUUGUUGAGGGAAACAUCAUUGUAAUUGUCGCUGGUGUUCUUUCCAUCUUGAUGGGACCGUAUGCCUACUACCAACAAACCAAAUUGACUGACAUUCGAACCCUCAAGGAGACAGCAGAGAAAGUCAAGGUGGAAGUGGAUCGUCUCAAGAAUGAAAACAACAGAUUGAGCAAUAAUAUUGACGAAUUGGGAAGCACAAUUGAUGAUUUGAAAGAAGUGGAGAAUGCCUUGACAGUUAUUACCAGCACUCAAGGAGCUUCAGUUUCUGCUUUUGAAAAGCAAGUAGAGGAGAACAAGGAGAUUCUAAGCAACAUGAAGAAGAGUACCCAGGGGCGUAUCAUUCAAAACUUGAUUUCCAUUUUGUAUCGCGGAGAUGAAGAUGCUGAUGACUUGAUUGAUGCGGGAGAGGUGGAUAAGGUUAUGGCCGGUAUUGAAAAGAUUUCCGGAGUGGAUGUCCGAGAGGAUAAGCUGCGAGAGGCCCUUACUGGAAAGUCUAUUGAUUCCGUCAUUGAAAUCGUCAAGAAUCUUACCGAUGAUAAUAUCACGGAUGACGAGAGAAUUUUCUUGGUCAAAGAAUAA